GCGAAUCUUUAGUUUCUUCAUCUCAAAUAGGGAUGUUUUGACUUUUGAGUAUCAUGCUACUUUACAUUUUCCAGGGAUCUAUCUCACAAUAAUCUAUCCGGAUCAAUACCUUCUAUGAGUCUAGAUCCAACAUUUGCAUUUAUGGAUUUUUCGAGCAACAACCUCAGUGGACCUAUUCCUUGUAAUCUUCUAGUACAAUCUCAGGGAGGGUCAUUGACACUAAGGGUCGAUGACAACCCAAAUCUUCGUGGAGAUAAAAUCUGCAAUAAUGGCCUAGAAAACAAGAACUUCAAACUUCUGCUCGAGAUUGUGCUUCCAGUAGUUGCUGCAAUAGUUCUACUGUUUGUGGCUGUACUUGUGCUUGUCGUGUUGCCCAGAAGUAAGAAAAGACCAGUGCUUAUGCUGCGUCCAGAUGUGGCUCAUUCAUCUAACCCAUUAGAGAACCGGAGGUUCAGUUACAAAGAACUCAAGCGCAUCACGAAUAACUUCAGAACUGUGGUUGGGAAGGGUGGUUUUGGACCUGUCUAUCUUGGCAGUUUGGAAAAUGGAACUCAUGUUGCUGUCAAGAUGAGAUCAGAGACAUCUUCUCAAGGGAAUACCGAGUUUCUGGCUGAGGCUCAGCAUCUGGCCAGGGUUCAUCACAAGAAUUUGGUAUCAUUAAUUGGCUAUUGCAAGGAUAAUAAACAUCUAAGCCUUGUAUAUGAGUACAUGGAGGGGGGAAACCUACAGGACCGGCUGACAGGUCAAGAACCUCUUAAUUGGCUGCAGCGCCUUAAGAUCGCACUGGACUCUGCCUACGGACUGGAGUACCUGCACAAAUCCUGCAGCCCGCCAUUGAUCCACAGAGAUGUGAAAACUGGAAACAUCCUCCUUACAGCAAAUCUUGAGGCAAAGUUAUCAGAUUUUGGGCUGACAAGGGCAUUCAGCAGCGAAACGAUGACACACACGACCACCCAACCUGCUGGUACCCUUGGAUACCUGGAUCCAGAGUACUAUGCCACCUAUCAUCUGAGCGAGAAGAGUGAUGUGUACAGCUUUGGUGUCGUUCUCCUGGUGCUCAUCACAGGCCAGCCGGCGAUUAUCAAUAUCAGCGACACAGAGAGAACCAAUGUUCCGCUUUGGGCGCGCCGCAUGCUCUCUGAAGGCGACAUCGACAGCGUGACCGACCCGACGAUAAGAGAAGACUGCGACAUCAACUCGGUGUGGAAGGUGGUGGAGGUAGCCCUGCAGUGCACGGAGCGCGAGGUGCGGGACCGGCCAACAAUGGGAGAGGUCGUGGAGGGGAUCGGCGAGAGCUUGCAGCUGGAGACCUUGUCGCGCUCCAUGAGGUGCAGCUCCAUCAGGACAGGCAGCUCGGCGUUUGCUGACAGCGAGCCUGGUGGUACGCUUGAGGCGGCAGAACUGGUCGGAGAAACAUCGGCGCGGUGACAUGAAGCCAUGGAGGGAUUCGAUUACACCGGUUCGUU